AUGGUAGAAAGCCAGAAGGAGAAGAAAUUGAUCUAUGUGGUAAUCAGGAAAGGCUUUGAGGAAGAAUUAGGGCAGCUGCCACAUGGUCCAAAUUUCUUGGCAGAAUGUGUCAUCAGUGGCCUGCGGUCCACUGCCCUGGCAGAGCCCUCUCCCACAAACACAGUGGGAGCUCUUUCCAGGAGUCUAGAAGCCCAAAGAUACAUCUGUGGUUUUGACAUCCCGUUUUCCCCAGUAAGAAAAACCAGCAGAGCUGCAGAUCUGGUGAAAGAUUUGGUAUCCCCAAGGGAUUUUGAUGCUGCCACUUACCUGGCCCUCAUUAAUGCUAUCUAUUUCAAGGGGAACUGGAAGUCACAGUUUAGGCCUGAAAAUACUAGAACCUUUUCUUUCACUAAAGAUGAUGAAAGUGAAGUCCAAAUUCCGAUGAUGUAUCAACAAGGAGAAUUUUAUUAUGGGGAGUUUAGUGAUGGCUCCAAUGAAGCUGGUGGCAUCUACCAAGUCCUAGAAAUACCAUAUGAAGGAGAUGAAAUAAGCAUGAUGCUGGUACUGUCCAGACAGGAAGUUCCUCUUGCUACUCUGGAGCCAUUAGUCAAAGCACAGCUGGUUGAAGAAUGGGCAAACUCUGUGAAGAAGCAAAAAGUAGAAGUAUACUUGCCCAGGUUCACAGUGGAACAGGAAAUUGAUUUAAAAGAUGUUUUGAAGGCUCUUGGAAUAACUGAAAUUUUCAUCAAAGAUGCAAAUUUGACAGCCCUCUCUGAUAACAAGGAGGUUUUUCUUUCCAAAGCAAUUCACAAGUCCUUCUUAGAGGUUAAUGAAGAAGGCUCAGAAGCUGCUGCUGUCUCAGGUACUGUUUGCUAAAAUCUUCUCCCCUCUUCUAAAAGAUUUGUAUUUUUAGAGCACCCCUCUUUUGUUUACUUCCAAACCAAUACAGGUACAAUUCUAUUCAUGGGACGAGUCAUGCAUCCUGAAACAAUGAACACAAGUGGACAUGAUUUUGAAGAACUUUAAGCUACUUUAUUUGAAUAACAAGGAAAACAGUAACUAAGCACAUUAUGUUUGCAACUAGUAUAUAUUUAGGAUUUGUGUUUUACAGUAUAUAUUAAGAUAAUAUUUAAAAUAGCUCCAGAUGAAAACAAUAUAUGUAAAUUAUAAGUAACUCGUCAAGGAAUGUUAUCAGUAUUAAGGUGAUGGUCCUGUUGUGUCAUUGUGUUUGUGUGCUGUUGUUUAAAAUAAAAGUACCUAUUGAACAUGUGA